UAUAUCAAGACUUCCUUUUCGAAUGUGAAUUUGUUUCACUAACGUACACUAUGACUAGUUUAUUAUUUCCAGCGCGUUAUACGUGGAAUGCUCUAAUGAUUUGAGUACGAGAAAGUGGUAUUCAGCAAUUCAUGAUGCGCUCUCUGUUCCAUCUACUGUCCUAGAGGAUUGCCGAUUGACUGCAGAUAAUGUCCCAAUUCUUGUUGAUAAAUGUCUACGCUUUGUGGCUGUUUAUGGCAUCCACUCCGAAGGCAUAUACAGAAGAAACGGCAAGAUAUCAGAGGCCACAGACAUCUUCAAGCGUCUUAGUGAAGAUCCCGUUCGAACGCAUAUCGCAUCAAUAACGGAGGAAACUGCUUAUGCAGUUGCUGAUGUUUUGCGGCAGUUCUUCCGACGUCUGAAAUCACCUCUUUUCCCUCCUGCAAUACACAAAGAGAUUUUCACAGUUGCUCGAUCUUCUACAGAAAAUACCUUACGCUACCAAGAAUAUCGCCGCAUUCUACAACUCAUGCCAUUAAUUCACUACCAUACAUUACGGAAGCUAAUAGCGCAUCUUAGUGAAGUUGUCAAAUAUCGGGAUAUUAACAAGGCUACUACGGAAAAUUUAGCAAAGGUACGUCGUUGUCGAAUUUCGAGCAGUGUGGCUGAUUUCUCUCGUUUAAUUGGUUUUCACUUCCAAUAUACUCGUGCUGAUGGACUACUGGUACCGAUUCAUAUGUGGCGACGAGAAGAUCGACCGUUUAAUGUAAAGAUUGACCUCGCAGCAGAGGAAGUUUGCCGUAAAGCAGUUGCUCGUAGGGGUUUUGAUGCACCGCCGGAUGGAAACUAUGCGAUAUUCGAGGUUAUUUUGGAUGGAGCUUUGUCUCGUCGAUUAACACCAUUCGAGAAAUUAUCUCAUACUGUAAUUGACCACUGGUUAACAUGGAAAUGUGCGGAUGGAUACUUUCUGUUCGAUUAUGACCACUGGCCUUAUGAGGACUCCGAAUUAGACUUCUUUUACGGAAAAGUGAAGAUUGCUGAGCCAGGAUCAAAAGCUUUUCGUUCGUAUGAAAUGAAGGUUGAGGACGGCCUUGCUGCAUACAAGCAUGAUAAACUGUGGAAGGAAUGGAAUGUAACGGAAUCUAUCUUCUAUUCUGGUUGUAGUGCGAAUAGAAAGGUAAACAAUUCUUCCAUCCGUUAUAUAGAUCACAGUGCAAAAGUUCAUGCUGUUCUAGGCUCCUUACGCACAUAG